GAUGGCGCAGGGGUUUCUCGUGCACUGCCGCGUUAACGCAGCGGAGCUGUACUGGGCAGCAUGUGGAACGAGCACCUGGCCGCUCCGUAUGCAGGCCACGUCGAGAUGCUUCAGAGUCUCCGACGCCAUCACGGGCAGCACUCAUCAGAUUACCUCCGCCUCCGGCCACCGUUACAGAUCGCCCCUUCGUCCUUCUGUCUCCCCUCGCUCGCUCUUCGAUAGCGUGCGAGUGAAUUCCACUCCAAAGUGCAUGAACGUGGCGGUUGCUCGCUCCCGCUAGAGGACCUGGUGUUUCUGUCCGCGUCAUCCUUGUGGGGAGGCACCGUGCGAAGAAAACCUCGGGCUCUGUGCCCCAAGCAAAGGCGUCUGGUGGAUAGCCGAACAGAGUGGGAUGCUUCAAGAAUUGUCGGAGUGCGCAUGAAUUUCGAGCGCUUCGGUGAUUUUCGGCGGUUUCCUAGAUCGAUAAAUCUGCAAUUGUAAAGAACCCGAUCUGGCUUGCCAAUGUAAUGCAUUUAUGCAAGAAUCUAGGAAUCGUUUCUCUUCACUUUUAAAAUCUUAGAUCCAGUUAUGUCCUUUACCAAUGUAAUUUUUUUUUUCCAUUUUUAACUUUGAUGCUUCUCCCAAAAAUAUUUAUUUGUAAUUACCUAGUACUAAGCACUGGAGCACGAACAGGACAUGGAAGUUGUUUUAAAUACCUCACAGCAGCCAUUUGGGUUUUGUGGGCAGCACUUACAGAUUAACAAGAUGUUGGGUUUGAUAUGGAACUGGGGUAAGAAAGUUGUAAUAACUGGUGCAGUUGUAUCAGCUGCACCGUUUGUAAUUCCUCCACUCUUUCUCAUCUCCAGUUUGGGGUUCAUGGUUUCUGUCCCUUUUGGUUUUGCAUUCAUGGGAUAUGCAUGUACUGCAAAGGUCUUGAAAGUGUUGUCGAUCAAAAGACACUUGUUCUUGGCUGGGGAGGACGAUGGUCACUUGAAGAGUAUGAUCCAAAGGUUUGAAGGUGGCAAUGAUAAAAAGGGGCAAUUGGAAGGCCUGCCAGAAGAAACAGAGAGGGAGACAAAAAAAAAAGAUAGUUCAGAGGAAGAUCCUGAAUCUUUAGAUGAUAAGCUUUGUCAGUCAGUCAAAUGGAAAGCCAAAAUUAUUGAAGAAGAGGCACAGCAAGUGGCAGAUGAUAGGGUAGUUGAGAAAGGAAAGAGCAAAGCAUUUGGUGAGAGGGGUACCAAACAAUCAGAAACAGAUGAAGACUGGAAAGAAGAGGAGAUGGAAAUGGAAACCAAAAGAGAAGACAGAAUAAAGAAGGAAGACGUUGAACCUGUAGAUGAAAAAAUAUUUCAGUCAACAAAAUGGGGUGAUGGAGCUAAAAAAGAGACCAAUCAAGUGGCAGAUGAGAGAGUAAUUGAGGAAGGAAGGGGAGAAUUAUUUGAAGUUCCCAAAGAAUCAAAGGCAGUUGAAGGAAGGAAAGAAGAGGACAAGGAGCCAACCAAGACUGGAGAGAAAAAUUUUAACCAUGAAGUGGAUGUGCAUGUAUCAGAGGAGACCCUGCCUGGCGGGCAUCCAUCGACUCAAAGGAGUGAACCUGCUUCUUCACCUGGAACAGAAGGGUAUUUUGCUCCACCUACUUUAUCAUUCGAAGAUUUGACAGAUGCAACCAAGGCUGCAGCAUCAUCAGAGUAUUCUUCCCUCGUGGUGGAGGCUCCUUUGGAGUCAAAUGGAUUGAGCACAAAAUGUGUGGAUGAGCAGGGCGUGUUUGAUGAAGGGAAAAUAUGGGAGGAGAUCGAGUCCUUGCGAAUGAUCAUUGGGUGCAAAACAGCCUUGCGGACAUCCUUUCUGGUGGAGCUGAAGGCACUUUACAUUUUCACUGGCAUCGAGCCACCGUCUGCCUUCUCCCCUGAUCUUGGGGAUGUGAAUCAUAAGCUUCGUUACCUCAAGUCUGUAGUGGGAAUCAAGAAGCCAUGAACCACCUUAAACAGUUUGAAAGUAUGUUGUAAAUUUCUGUGUUGACCAUCUUUGGUUCCACAGUUGAACAUAUGUGAAUCAGUUACUUGCUAACAUGGUUGAUAGUGAAUUGUGCAAAAUGUGGCAAGUUCACGGUGAGUUUAGAACACUCUCUCUCUUAAACAUACGUAUGUACAUUUUAUCUCUCUAUAUACUAUUUUGAAAGGCGUUCCCAUUUCUUUUUCUA